AUGCACACGGCCAGCCCGUCCGACCGGAGAGGAGGAGCCUGCUUCUGUACCACCUGCUGGUCCCAUGAAAGAACCGUCUCCCUGAGCCUGCCGAUAAGGGUGGGACGGCACGACACCCAUGCCCUCCUCGACUCGGGAAGUGUGGUCAAUGUGGUCGAGACGAAAGAGAGCAUGCCCCUCACUGAGUUCUCGGACUUCCCCCGAGAAGUCGAGAAAUCGGACGAUGACUCCCUGAGGAACGCCUGGAGACGCGUGCAGACCCACAAGGGACUAUCAAGGGACUCUGCAUAUGAACCACUGUGCUACUACUUUGACUACUGGGGAAAAGGAACAGUUGUGACUGUCUCUGAUUCAGCGGUGCAAGCCCCCAAUGUCUUUCCGCUGGUCCAGUGUGGCUCAGGGACGGGAGAAGUCACUAUUGGCUGCAUGGCAACUGGCUUCACGCCGGCUUCACUCACGUUUAAAUGGGAGUUUGGAGGAAGCGAACUGGCAGACGCCGUUCAGUACCCGACCUCUAAGAAAGAUAACCAGUAUACAGGAGUCAGCCAGAUCCGCGUCAGAAGACAGGACUGGGACACCCAGAAGCCUUUUACCUGCUCUGCGGUAAACGCUGGCGGAACUGCCAAGGCCGAUGUUUUCAAACAAGUGGAGCGGGUUAUCCCUCCAAAUAUCACCCUGUACCCCGUCUGGACCGGCCAGUCUUGGGCCUCGGAGCUGAGCCUGGUGUGCUCUCUUAGUGGAUUCUAUCCAGACAAGGUGAGUGUGGAGUGGUUACUGGACGGCCGUGUGCCAGAAACAAGCCCAGUCCAGAACAAGCUGCAAAGUGUUGAGGAAGUGGGGAAAACAUUCACCCUCAACAGCAAGAUUCAGCUGAAAAUGGAGGAGUGGAAAAAGGGCCCAAAUGUUCAGUGCAAGUCAAAAUAUGGACAUGGCAAGGAGGAGACAAGAAACAUCAAUAUCUGUGAUAUUUAUUCAUACCCACCAUCCGUUCAUCUAACGACUCCCAGCUUCAAGACGGUCAUCGAGGCAGGAUCAGAUGUCACAGCAGCAUGUGUGGUACACACUGCGUUUGACGUCAAUGUGACAUGGCAUCUGGAUGGCAAAGCGCUAACAACACCCAACCUUGUGACCGAGGUUAAAGAGGGAGCUUUAACCAGGAGCAACCUCACAGUCUCCCCUAGCCAUUGGAAGAAACUAAACUCCAUCACAUGUCGGGCAGAGCACUGCUUCACUACUGUUGAAAAGAACAUGAGUGUGGCAGACAGUCGAUGGACAACGGAAAUCGUGGAGCGGGUUAUCCCUCCAAAUAUCACCCUGUACCCCGUCUGGACCGGCCAGUCUUGGGCCUCGGAGCUGAGCCUGGUGUGCUCUCUUAGUGGAUUCUAUCCAGACAAGGUGAGUGUGGAGUGGUUACUGGACGGCCGUGUGCCAGAAACAAGCCCAGUCCAGAACAAGCUGCAAAGUGUUGAGGAAGGGGGGAAAACAUUCACCCUCAACAGCAAGAUUCAGCUGAAAAUGGAGGAGUGGAAAAAGGGCCCAACUGUUCAGUGCAAGUCAAAAUAUGGACAUGGCAAGGAGGAGACAAGAAACAUCAGUAUCUGUGAUAUUUAUUCAUACCCACCAUCCGUUCAUCUAAUGACUCCCAGCUUCAAGACGGUCAUCGAGGCAGGAUCAGAUGUCACAGCAGCAUGUGUGGUACACACUGCGUUUGACGUCAAUGUGACAUGGCAUCUGGAUGGCAAAGCGCUAACAACACCCAACCUUGUGACCGAGGUUAAAGAGGGAGCUUUAACCAGGAGCAACCUCACAGUCUCCUCUAGCCAGUGGAAGAAACUAAACUCCAUCACAUGUCGGGCAGAGCACUGCUUCACUACUGUUGAAAAGAACAUGAGUGUGGCAGACAGUCGAUGGACAACGGAAAUCGUGGAGCGGGUUAUCCCUCCAAAUAUCACCCUGUACCCCGUCUGGACCGGCCAGUCUUGGGCCUCUGAGCUGAGCCUGGUGUGCUCUCUUAGUGGAUUCUAUCCAGACAAGGUGAGUGUGGAGUGGUUACUGGACGGCCGUGUGCCAGAAACAAGCCCAGUCCAGAACAAGCUGCAAAGUGUUGAGGAAGGGGGGAAAACAUUCACCCUCAACAGCAAGAUUCAGCUGAAAAUGGAGGAGUGGAAAAAGGGCCCAAAUGUUCAGUGCAAGUCAAAAUAUGGACAUGGCAAGGAGGAGACAAGAAACAUCAGUAUCUGUGAUAUUUAUUCAUACCCACCAUCCGUUCAUCUAACGACUCCCAGCUUCAAGACGGUCAUCGAGGCAGGAUCAGAUGUCACAGCAGCAUGUGUGGUACACACUGCGUUUGACGUCAAUGUGACAUGGCAUCUGGAUGGCAAAGCACUAACAACACCCAACCUUGUGACCGAGGUUAAAGAGGGAGCUUUAACCAGGAGCAACCUCACAGUCUCCUCUAGCCAGUGGAAGAAACUAAACUCCAUCACAUGUCGGGCAGAGCACUGCUUCACUACUGUUGAAAAGAACAUGAAUGUGGCAGGAUCACUCUCCCAUAGCCAGCCUUCAGCUUUGCUUCUGCAGGGUCCAAAUGAGCUGGUGUGCCUGGCUUACGGAUUCAGCCCUGCGUCCAUCAACAUCACCUGGCUACUCGACGGCACCACACAGCUCAGGAGUUACAAUACUACUGAACCUCACAGAGGUCCAAAGGGGAAGUUCAGCAUCCAAAGCCGACUCCCUCUUUCCCCCAACGAAUGGCUACCUGGGCAGAUGUACACCUGCAGGGUGAACCAUUGUAACGGAAACAUAGCCCUGAACAUGUCCAAACCAGAGAUUCUUGAAGAAAGUGUGUUAUUUGACGAGAACAAACAGGUUUUCGUCCAAGACAUGGGGGAGGACAACUGGAUGAUGACCAUUACCUUCCUCCUCCUGUUCUUCGUCUCCCUUUUCUAUGGCAUCUUGGUCACGGUUAUAAAGACAAAGUGAGAAGGACCUCAAGAAACAUCUAGUGGAUCCUGUAAUGUGAAGCAGAGGAUGCAAAGGAAGCAACUAUUUCCAUUACAGCAAUGAAUUAUAACUGAUGUAUGAUGAUAAUGUUAUGUGACUAGCCAUAAAGAAUAUUAUAAUAAAAAAUAUAGAAUAAAAUAAAAAUGAUAUCAAUGGUACCUGGAAAAUUCUAAACAUUGUAUUAGGAUAUAAACCAUAAAGUGGAGUCAAGGGAGCCUAUACAGUA